GAGAGGGGCCCGUCAUCCAUCAUGGCUCAGGUGUGAUGGACUAGUGGAGCUCCUGGCUGGGCAACCGAGCUCAGCUGCGUCCGAAGCAGACUUAAUACUAUUAUUUUAAAAACGAAGCUCGCAACCGCCUUGUCUUGGAAGGAUCGUAUAUCUCUACAUUCUCUCCCCACCCCCCACCCCAGUUACGGUAUCUUAGCGCUGAUGCCCCGCAGGUAGAAGGCUUUGGAAGAGAUGGUGCUCACCUGAAGGAACGAAAAGUGGGGGGAAGAGAUAUAUGUAUAUAAGGGGCUCUAAAUACAAUUCCAGUGUUUAAAGGGAGAAAAGUGAGACAGUGGAUAUAUUCAGAAAGUACCUCGCCAUGGUGAGCAACAAGUUGCAGAGGGAAACUACAACUCUCAUGAACGACAACAGUGGGUGUUAAUGGAGAAGAGGUCGAAUGACAGCCGGGACUGUGGUCAUCACAGGCGGAAUAUUAGCGACUGUCAUAUUACUGUGUAUCAUAGCGGUUCUCUGCUAUUGUAGGCUUCAGUAUUACUGCUGCAAGAAGGAGGAGUCCGAAGAGGACGGAGAUGAACCAGACUUUGGCAUGGAUUCCCACAUCCCGCCUCUCCACUGCAACCGCAACGUGGCUCUGACGAACGGCCCAUCCUUGUACCGAUCUUCCUCCUCCCCCUACAAGAAGCACUCCCAGUGCCGGACAGUAUGCCCCAACUGCUCACACUAUGAGCCGCCCACCUUCUUCCUCCAGGAGCCAGAGGAGGAGGAGGAGGAAGAGGAGGAGGAGGUCCAGAAUGGGGGCGACCUCAUCAACUACAAGGCCAUCAGCCAGGAAGACCUGGAGCUGCCCGUCAACAUGAGUGGCCUCCAGGCCCUCAACCCCAACCGCCUCUCAGCCAUGCGGGAGGCUUUCUCCCGCAGCCGCAGCAUCAGCACGGACGUCUAAUGAGUGCCAGCAGCUGUCACCCGCAGCUCGACGGUGGGUAACGUUGGUGGCAUACAUAUCCUGCUGAUUCCUGCAUUGUAAGGGGUUGGACCAGAUGAUCCUUUGAGUCUCUUCCAACUCUGUAAUUCUUUGGUUCUGUGAAAGGGUGUUUCCCCUCCCCCUUCCCUAAAUACCCUUGUGGCUUAAAAAUAAUAACAUGGCGUCACUCUUUUACAGGACAAAAAAAAAAUACCCACAGAGAGUCUUUUAAAAAUGAUGAAUGUAUUUAUAUGUUAACGAUGGAUAAUUAUCUAUAUACCUAUUAAAUAAUGCACUGUAUAAAGGGGAGGAGGGAGAAUUAAUAGAUUUGAUGGGUGCAUAUAGGUUUUCUAAAGUUUAGUGUUGACAAUAGUUUCUUUUAUAUCUAUAUAUAGCUAUAGAUAGCUAUAGAUAGAUACAUACAGUGGUACCUCGUGUUACGUACUUAAUCCGUUCUGGAAGUCCGUUUGUAACAGGAAACCGCUCGUAACAUGAGGCGCACUUUCUCUAAUGGUGCCUCCCACUGCGGCCGCGCCACCGGAGCACGACUUCUGCUCGCAUCCCAGGGCAAAGGUCGCAACAAGGGGCAUCUACUUCCGGGUUAACAGAGUGCGUAACCUGCAGCAUUCAUAAGGGGGAUGGUACAUAACACGAGGUGUCACUGUAUAUAUAUAGAUAGAUAGAGAUACAGUGGUACCUCGGGUUAAGUACUUAAUUCGUUCUGGAGGUCCGUAUUUAACCUGAAACUGUUCUUAACCUGAAGCACCACUUUAGCUAAUGGGGGCUCCUGCUGCUGCCACGCCGCCAGAGCACAAUUCCUGUUCUCAUCCUGAAGCAAAGUUCUUAACCUGAAGCACUAUUUCUGGGUUAGCGGAGUCUGUAACCUGAAGCGUCUGUAACCCGAGGUACCACUGUAUAUGAGAAGAUUUUGAUACAGGGCAUCCUUUUGUAAGAGUUAGAUUUCCCCCCUUUUCAUUUGCUGUCAUGAAAGUCUGCAAGUACAAGGCUAUGUUGGAGGGGGGCAGCUCUAGGGCAACCCCAUGCUUCAUGCUGAAUUGCCGCUGUGCCCUCCUUUAUUUUCUGACUGGGUGAUGUGCGGUUGUUGCCUGCCUUCGUGUGACAACAUUUCAGAUGUCUUCUAGGACCUUGGCUGGAGACAAAUCCAAUCUUGCCUUUAUUUUAUUUUUUUACUAAAUAACAAGCCACAAAUGCCACCCAACCACCUGGCACAUAAUCUCACCUCAUUAGGACCCACCACCUCCCAGGGAGUAAGCAGGGACUUCUAAAGAAAUGACCUCUGGAUAUUGCCAUGAAUGAAAAGAAGAAGAAACCGUAUUUUGUCAGUUAAUGGAUUGAGUUUUCCAGUCCUGGUGAGGGGAAUCUUUGGCCCUCCAGAAGUUUCUGAACUACAACUCCCAUCAUCCCUUGGGAUCUCUGGGCAUGCUUGCUGGGGCUGAAGGGAGUUGUGGUUCAGCAACAGCUGGAGGGACAAAGGCUCUCCACACCAUUCAACCACACCAUUUUAGCACUUUUGACUUUGGUGUGCUCCCAUCUUUAAAGAAAACGGGGAGAUCUAUUAAUAUUGUCUUGCUUAGCACCAUUGUUCUACAUCAGAGGUGGGGCGGGAGGGUCAGAUGUAGUCCUAUAG